AUGGGCAUGGAGACAGCAGAGCCCACGGGCAGAGAGGAAACUACUCUCUCCCUGGUUGCUCCAGAUGAUAUGGUUCUCGAUGUUCCCGUUGACUCCAUGCCAAUUUUUAUGCAACCUCCACGCAAGAAACUCAUACAUACCGCACUACUUCCAAAUAGCAAGACUGAGAAGCCGAGGAAGCUCGCCAAAGCCAAAGCACCCACUAAUCCAAAUCUGAGCGUGGAAUACGCACCAUCAAAAGCGACACAAGUUAUACUUGAGGAGUUGGCCGAAGGCUCGGGCUCGGACUUGGAAAACGCCCCUUCCAGCCAGGAUCCCGCCACUCGCCGGGCUUCGUCUGCUCCUAGAAAUCAAUCCAGAAGGCAUGAGGCGUCGCUUCAAAAAUCACUCUCCGAUCCUUCUGCACUAACCAGACCCACGGUCCAAACAAGGCCUACCCUCAUGCGGAGUGCAAUGAGUGCCGUACCAGAAGAGGCUGAGGGGCACGAGGAGGGCCCUUGGACUUCUGAGGCACUGGAUCUUUUUGAUUUCUGGCCACCAGGUCGGCCGAAGCCAAGUUCAAAUUGA